UAAAUUACAUUUGACAGAUAUCCUUCUGAUUUGGAAUCUUUUAAUAAGUGCAAUCUUCCUGGAAUUUGGGAUGAAACUAAGGCAGGAAAAAGAAUGAAAUUACCAGUCCCUGAAACUUGGGAAACAAAAUUGUCUACCAAAGGAAACAAAGCUUCUGUAUGGCAAAAUUUAUUAGAUCAAAAGAAAUUACCAUACAUGGCAAUGCUUAGAAAUUUAAGAAAUUUAAUAGUUACUGGAAUUUCAAAAAAGCAUCAUCAACAAGUAGUAAACACUAUUUCUUCUGAGAAAGCAGUGAUAAAAAGUAAACAGUUUCCUUUGAGAUUUUUUGCUGCUUAUCAAGCAAUUCAAGAAUUACAGUCAUUGCUUGAAUCUGAUUUACUGAAAUCAAAAAGACCAACAACUUAUUUAGUUCAAAGAAAACAAGCACUUCCUGCCUGGAAAGUAAAAUUGGAAAAUAAAAUUUGGCAAAGGCUAAAAAAUUUUGAUGAAAGUUUAUUAAAGAAGUAUAAACAUGCUAUUGAUUCUGCUGUAGAAAUAGCUGCACGUCGAAAUGUUAAUCCCAUUCAAGGAAGAACAUUGAUAAUAUGUGAUAUAUUAUCUUGCUUUGAUCAUGAAUGUGCAGCAUUGAAGGGUUCACUUAUUAAUAAGAUGCAUUAUGGUUGUUUAAUGUUAGCAUUGAUGAUAUCAUAUGCCUGUGAAGAGUUUGAUUUGAAAGCGAUUAUAAAUGACCAAAUGUGGUGCACACCAGAAAUUUUGGAUGAGAAAAUUUUAGAUAAUGUGUUUAAUCUGAUGAAUAAUUUUAAUAUCACAUUUACCAAAGAAGAAGCUAAAGAUGCAGUUUCUACAUUUUAUAAUGAAAAAUUUUCUGUAUUACUUGAACAUUAUUUAUGCCCACUAACUACUCAAGGCAUUCAGUUUGAUAAUAUUAUAUUUCUGACAUCUGGAAAUAAUUUUGAGUCUACACUUCCAUCAAGUAUUUUAAAAGAUUUUAUGAAAAAAUACAGAAAUACUGUAAACAAAAAUGUACUACAUGUUGAAGUCGAUUUAACAGGAAAUCAAAACAGAUUUAUUGCAGAAAGAGGAAAUGGAAGCCAGUUAAAUUAUGUAGAAAAUAUAGAUAAAAAAUAUUCUUUGAAGUCAAUGCCUAAGCCUCGUCCUUCAAUCAAAGAUGAAAGUAAUGUAGAUCAUCUCACAUCAAAUUUGCAAAUACAAAAAUGGAAGACUGUUCGAAUAUUUAUUUCAUCUACUUUCAAAGAUAUGCAUGGAGAAAGAGACUUGAUUGUGCGCUUUAUAAUUCCUGAAUUAAGAGUACGUGCUAAAACACUUAAUGUUAAUAUUCAAGAAGUUGAUCUUAGAUGGGGGAUAACAGAAGCAGAAUCAAAUAAUAGCAAAUCUUUGGAAAUAUGUUUAUCAGAAGUGGCAAGAUGUGAAUAUUUUCUUGGUAUCCUUGGUGAAAGAUAUGGACAAAUUGCAGAAUAUAAUGUUUCAAAUAAUCCAGAAUUUGAUUGGUUACAGGAAUAUCCUCUUGGUGCAUCAUUAACUGAAUUAGAAAUUUAUUGUGCAGCUUUAGCUGAUCCCUCUGCUGCCGCAGAACGAUCUUUUUUCUAUUUUAGAGAUAAGAUGUUUGAAAGCCAAAUUCCUGAAAAAUGGAAAGAUAAUUUUGUAUCAGAGAAUGAAUUUAAUCAUAUUAAGAUGGAGAAUUUGAAACAAAGAAUUAAAGAAAGUGGUCUUGAAGUUUUUAAUAACUAUCCAUGUUAUUGGGGUGGAGUAGUUAAUGAUGAACCAGUUGUUGCUGGUUUAGAAGAAUUUGGUCAAAGAGUUCUAGAAAAUUUAUGGAAUUCCUUAUGUAAAUAUUAUAAAAAGGAUGAAAUUUCAUAUUCUGACCAAAGAUUAUCAGUUCUGCAUGCUUCAUAUGCUGAAGCAUUUCAUCAAAUUGAAGGAAGAGAUUCUUUUGUUAAAAAUUGUGUGGAUAAUAUUUUAAGUAAAAGUGGUUUAUUCCUUAUUACUGGAAAAUCUGGUUAUGGAAAAACUGCAGUAAUGGCUGAACUUUGUAAAGUAAAUCAACUGCAACCAGUCUUUCCUUAUUUUGUUGGAAUUGAUUCAAGAUCUUUUUAUCUUCAUAAUUUGCUGUAUGAUUUACUUACUUCUAUUUCUAAUCACUUUUCCAUAAAAUUUCAAAUUCCUAAUAAAUUAGAGAAUUUAUGUAGUAUAUUUCAUGAUAUUCUUGAAGUAGCGGUACAAGAAUCAACACAUAAUAGGCUAAUCAUCUUUAUUGAUGGAUUGGAUCAGUUGAUGAAUAAAAACUCUCAAGAUCUUGACUGGCUUCCCGUUGAUUUACCAACAGGUGUGAAAAUUAUUCUCAGUACAGCAACAGAUUCUUUUACAUAUAAAAUAUUGUCUGAAAGAUCAAAAUAUCAAAAGAAUAUUUAUAAGUUUGAAUUAGCAGCUUUAGUUAUGUCAGAUAGAGAGAAAAUUGUGAAUAAUGAUCUUCUUCCUUUCCGGAAAACUCUUGAUACCAGUCCAUUUAAUAAUCAACUUUUAAUGUUGAUCAGUAAAAGAGAAGCAGGUAUUCCAUUAUUUUUACAUAUUGCUUGUGAAGAACUUAAAAGUUUUGGCCAAUAUGAAAAUUUAACUUCUAAACUUCGACAGUAUCCUCAAACAUUAUAUUUAUUACUGAGAGAGAUUUUGAAACAGUUGGAUAAUAUUCACGGCAAGAAUAUCGUUUGUAUUGCUUUAUGUUUAAUUUCAAUAUCUCCUGAAGGUUUAGAUGAAUUUGAACUUCAUGCUCUAAUAAGCAUUUUUAAUUGUAUAUUAAAUAUUAAUUCAUCCUUUGAGGAAUUUUUAACCAUAAUACGAAAUUUGAAACCAGAAGAUAUAUUUGUUCCUUUAAAAUUUUCCGCCUUGUUAAGAACUUUACAUGGAUUUCUUCGACUUACUGAAGAUAUGAAACAUACUCUAAAUAUAAAACAUGCAGAUUUUAUUAAAGCUAUAAUUGAUCACUAUAAUGUGGGAAAAAAUUUAUUGGCAUAUCAUAAAUUAUUAGCAGCUUAUUUUUAUAAUGAAGUGAAAUAUGUAUGUAAAUGGGAUAAUGUUUCUUCACGAUGCUUACAUCUUUUAUUAUAUCAUCUAAAUGCAGCCGAGCAAUUUAAUGAGUUAUCAUCUCUUUUAUGUACCAUUGAAUUUCUAAAAACUGCUAUUAAAGCUGGCAUUAGUUUAGAAAUUCUUGAUUAUUAUGAAAUGCUAAAAAGCAACAAGUUAACAAAAAACGUUUAUUUGGAAAAACUUGAAGAUUUUCAUUCUUUUUAUUCACAAAAUUUACAUAUUUUACAAAGGUAUCCUGGUUUAAUAUAUCAGCAAGCACUGAAUGAACAAAUAACUUCAUCAGUAUUUAAAGAAGCUGCUGGAUACACUCAUUCUAAUGUGAUAAGAUGGCUAACAAAACCUAAAAUACCAACAGCAUGUUAUUUAACAUUAUCAAACUUAAAACAGGUAUGCUUUAGUUUUUAUUGUUUUUUAUUUUAUUUUAUUAAGUUUUUAUUGAAUCUCAAUUUAAUUAAAUUUCAGCAUGAUUUCAAAUAAAACAAUACCAAUAACACUACACCUUACACUUUUCCAGCAGUAGUUUAAUUAAACAAACUUUUUGACCCCUUUCAGAGGUCUGCCUCAGGUUAAAAAAACUUACAAAUUAAUUGGAUAAAUAAAUCUAAUGUUAUGGACACGAUGAAAAAGAUAGGUCAGAUUAAAAAAUUAGUGGAAGCUCAUGGCUACAGCAAAAAUCUGAUUGCAAGGUUAGCUAAAAACAUGAAGGACAACAUUAAUGUAUCAUGGCUUAAUAAGGAUACACAGUGUUCUGAGGUUUUACCUCUGAAAUUUAUAGUAGUGGUCUGUGACCCAAGGCUGACUUCUACAUAUAUAAAACAUUAACAAAACAUAUGAUUGCUAGAAUAGCUUAUAAAUGUAAUCCAACUAUAUUUACGCUAUUAGCUAAUGGUAAAGAUUCUAUAGAUAGAAAGUUAUCUCCCAGAGUAUACACUAUCCCAGUGUUUCUCAACCUCUAACGAAUCGUCACCUCCUUCAAAAGACUGUUACGUAGUAUCGCCCCCUUCACUACAAAAUUCCGAUGCCGAGGGACAAGA